UCAAUCCAAGAUGGCGGCCAAAUGAUUGGAAACAGUUUUAUUGACAGUUUUGUGUCUUUUUAAUGAGUUCUUGCUGAAAAAAUGAGUGCUGAAGGUCAAAACCUUCAAGCCAAGUACCAAAAGCUCGCUGCUGAGUACGCUAAGCUUAGAGCUCAAAACACUGUUCUUAAGAAGGCAGUCAUUGAAGAACAAGAAAAAACAAARACCUUACAGGAAACAGCCAAGCAAAAAGACCAAUCCAUCAGAAAAUACGAACAAGAGAUUGACAGCUUACAGUUUAGAAAUGAUCAGUUGUCUAAGAGAGUUGGAAUACUCCAAGAUGAACUGGAUGAAUCGGGAAGCAAGAACUGGAAAUCUUGGGCCAAUCCAGCUCCAUCACAUUCAUCUGUUGACAGUGAUGUAAAAGAGGAAGAAUUAAAAAUUAAGAUACAGGAAAAUGAAAGGCUGCAAAGACAGUUGUUUGAUGCAUUACAAGAACAUAAGGCCACUGUGUCCAGUUUGCAAGAGAGACUUAACAUAGCAGAAAGAAGUUCAUCCAACCACCAAAAAGCAAUAGAUGAAGCAUCAGACACCCAUAGGAUGGUGGUAGAGAAACUCCAGGAAGACAGGGCCUUGAUGGAGGCAAAACUUCGCAAAACUGAAGAAGAACUCAGAACUUUAACUUUAAAAGCAGAAAAAAGCCAACAGAGGCUUAAACUCCUCAAUAAUGAAAUAUCUAGUAAAUGUGAAAAUGUGUCCAAGAUAGUUGCAGAGAAAAUCCCCUUCAAUGACACAAGUAACAAAGAACUCAACAGUUUAAAUGUCCCAACACAUGACAGGAAACAUCAAGUUAAGUCCAAGGAAUUAAUAGGUUUAGCUGCGGAUUUGAUCAAGGAAUUCACAUCUGCAUUGUCUAAUCUACACACAUACACUGAACAGAGAAUCAAGACAUUUUAUGUAGAAUCCACACAAGAGCAGCUAAGUGCUCAAACCCAAAAGUUUUGCAGCUACUUACAUGAAAAUGCUACAGUGCUUCGUGCGGUGGAACAUUCAUUCUCCUCAUUUUACAAGGAAUUAAAAACAGAUUCCCUCAUCACGCUGGAGACUGUGAGUGGAUUAAAGGGAUUUUCUGAUGCGUUUCAUUGUUACGUGAUGUAUUUAGCAAAACUAAUGCUUUAUUACUUUCUGAGUACUGAAGAAGAAUGCAAGAGUUCAACUUGUUCUCAAACACUAGAGGGGUAUAAUAGACAAGUAGUCUCAGCAACAGCUGGUAUGGUGAGGAUAUUCACCAAAGUGGACAGCUAUGUACAGGCAUUAGCCUCGAACAAGGAGCAUUGGAUGCUGGAAUGUCAACUUCUACAGGUCAAACAUGAGAAAGAAUCCAAAAAAGUUGCUUCACUUGAGAAGGAGCUUGAGAAAUUGAAGUCAAGUGCAUCAGCUGAUCAGGCUAAUAACCCGACAUCGAUGUCUGUGCCACCCUCUCCUACAAGAAAAGAGGCACCCAUCGAACCAACUGAUCUUGGCAAAGUAUUUUCAGAAGCUACUGACGAGUCUUCAGAUGGAAUGACACGUGAACUUCUCAUCAAGAAUCAUUUUACCAGCCGUAUCAGUGAUCUUACGUCUCAGCUCCAGGUAAUGGACAGCAAGGGAGUAUCAUUUGCCGCUGAGUGCCGCUCACUGUACAAGCGAAUACGACAAUCGGAGAAAGACAGAGAUGGGCUUUCUCAAAAGCUACUGACAGCCAAUGCUAGGGUUAAACAAAUUGAGGAUGAACUUGACGUUACAAAGAGAAAUUAUGAAACACAGUUAUCAAUGAUGAGUGAACACUUGUGUGGAAUGAACGAAAAGUUGACCACACAACAAGACGAGAUAGAAUUAUUGAAAUCUGGGGGGAAAAGCAAAAAGAGCAAAAAAUAAUUUACGGAUAGAAAAUGCAUUCAUAACAUAAACAGAAGAUAGAAUAUCUAGAUCCUUUGAAGUCGGGAACCGAAUAAGAAGGGCAGAGAUAAUAUUGAUAUUACGAAUCCAAUACAACUAGAAAAGGUUUUGUAAUUCAAGGGAAUGUGAAAUGGGUGCAUGAGAAAACAGCUUUCUUGUGCAAAAUUAGAGAGAAAAUCUCAAACAAAUUCAGUUAGGUUAUAGCUAAAAAAAAUAAGAUCAUAGUUUUGAAAGUUUCUUACGCAACAAUCUGUUUCUCUGACUUUCUGAGUACGAUUAUAGACCAAGAUGCAUUCUGGUCCAGCUUGGGUACACGUAUUUGUUCUUCUUUUAUCUCGUACUAAAGCUAGACCAUAAAGCAGCUUGUCAAAAGACUAUGGAGUACAAAAGUGUGCGGCAUCAAAUUCCAAAUUUUGCAAUUCAGUUUUGAAAUGUGCGUAUUUGAAGAGAACAUACCACUGCCUACAUUCAAUAUCCGCCUAAUUUAACCAGCGAGCUGUAGAUAAAGACGCCCUGCAGCACGUCUGAAUGCAGCUCAAUUUGGAGGUCAAAACAAUAGGUUUUCAGUUCUCGUCAGAUUGAAAUUCUUUUGUUUUAUGCUCAAAAUUGAGGUGCUUUGACGUCACGUGCAAGGGGUUUAUUAACGAUUUAUUCUCAAUCACUUCAAUCAAGUUAGACACAGCACCAAAUAAGAGAAAAUGUGUGGGGAUAUUUUUGCAUUAAAUUACCUAUAUCUCAUUGCAGCUGUUUCUCGCUCUAUUUAGUCUGAAAUGUUAAACUAUAUCAUAUUUUUUGCAUACAGUUUCUGAUAAUGUCACUAAAAUGUAAAAAUACUUAAUAAAUAAUUUUGUAACGCAA